GGUCAAGGAGUCGAAAGCGGAAGUGGCAGUAGUGGAAGAGGAAGUAGGUAGUGUGCGCGGUAGUCGUGUUGUGUCGCAUAGUCGGGAAGUGAUGUGUUCGAUGGACGGCGCGCGUCUCGCGGGCGGAGGUUGGGGUAUCACUACCGUCACGACGCAUUCGGGAUCGGAGAAACAAGGCGGAAUAUCGGUGACCAGGCUGGCGGGCGCUGGGGAAACGGUUCCAAGGGCAUGGCGACCACGCCAAUAGGCGGUCGCCUCCCUAACGUUAACCGCAAAGGACCAUCGCCGGAUUUUCUUAAUUCGCGUAGACAAAUCGGUAGGGAGCAGCAGCAGCAGCAGCAGCAGCAGCAGCAACGGGAUCAGAGAGAGAAAUCUAGUGCGGUAGCAGCGGCAGCGCUAGUGGCAGCAGCAGGAGGAUCCGGGAGCCAGGAUAGCCAGAAAGCAGGCACAGUGGCUGCUAACGCCGGGGAAACGGAUCCGGCCGCGACGAAUGCGACCAACAACUUCGAGUACGACGACAACGAAUGGGACAUCGGCAUAGGAGACCUGAUAAUCGACCUGGACGCCGACAUAGAGAAGACGAGGGACGAGAAACUGAGCUUGGGGACAGGGACAGGCAUGGCUUCUACGCCUGCCUCGGCAACUACGAACCCAAACCAGAUCCAGAACGCCUCCGGCCUGAACUCCAACAGCAACGGUAGCACCAGCAGCAACAGCAGCAGCGCCAGCAGCACCGGCAGCAGCACCGCGAGCAGCAACGGUAGCGCCGGAACCGGCUCGAACGGAACCGCGAGUAACGGAAGCGCCAGCAGCGCCGCCAGUAACGGCACGGCCGGCACCGGUGGCUCCGGGGGGAAUUCGGGUUCCUGUGCUAACUCUUCGAACGCCACCAGCCCAGCCACCCAGAGCCCAGCAUCGGCGACUUCGGGGAAGACGUCCGGCGCGAAUGCGGCACACCCCAACCCUGCGAACCCGAACAAAAUGGCUGUUGAACACUCGGCCACCGUCGACAAGGGCCUCAAGAUGAAGAUCAAGCGCACGAAACCCGGCACCAAGACCAGCGAAGCCAAGCACGAGAUCGUUAAGUCCAACGAGCUGAACGGAACCACCUCCCAGGACGGUACCGCCACUCAGAACUCCCAGAACUCCACGGAGAACCCGGGCUCGAACAAAUCGAAGCCACACUCGCCCGCCUCGGCGGCGAGCGCCCCGACGCCCUCGGCCGUUGGCUCCAAGAGAGGAUCCAGCGGUCAUCGCCGUGACAAGGCACGGGACAAGCACGAGAAGCCCCAGAGCACCCACGCGCCCCAACAGACAAAGCCGGAAAUGAACGGCACUGCCAGACCCAGCCCGCAGAGUCAGUCCUCGGCGACUGCUGCCUCCCAGGGCCCAACGCCGGCCGCCACGGCCCCCCAGCAACCUCAGGGUCCACCACCCAGCUCGAGAACGGGAUUCCCAGUCUCCCAAGGGCCCGGACCACCUGCCACCAGCGCGGCAGCACCCUGUCCGCCCCCCAGUCCGGCCAGCGCGACGGCCGCGGGUUCCGCCGCGAAACCGGAGCAGACCAAGGUCGCCGCCGUACCUGGACCACCCCUCACGACCCCGGCCGAGGAGGCGAUGGACACCGCGGCCAGUCCACCACCUCCGAAGAAGCUCAAGACAUCCAACUCGAACUCCGAACCAAAGGACAUGUCCGACGUGUGCGUUGGGACCAGUGUGGGGACCAUUACGGAACCCGAGUGUUUGGGCCCGUGCGAGCCUGGCACGUCGGUCACACUGGAAGGCAUCGUUUGGCACGAGACCGAAGGAGCAGGUGUAUUGGUCGUCAAUGUCACGUGGAGGGGCAAAACGUACGUGGGCACAUUACUGGAUUGCACGCGGCACGAUUGGGCGCCCCCGCGAUUCUGUGACUCGCCUACGAGCGACCUGGACGCGAGGACCCCGAAGGGCAGAGGGAAGCGUGGACGCGCCGCGGCCAACUCGACGCCCGGAAACGACCUGAGCAACUUCACGGAGACGAGGAGUUCGGUUCAUAGCAAAUUGAGAAAUGGCGGCGCCAAGGGACGCAGAGGGGCGCAAGGUUCGCCGGCAGCGAGUCCAAGUCCGGCGGCCUUUGUGCCACCGAGACCGGAUCCCGCGGCCAAACGGAAGUCACGUGGUCCCGAGGAGGAAGAGAAGAAUAAGAGGAGAGCACCACCGCCGACGCCACCCAGUGGCUCCCCGCCGGCGAGUCCGGUACUCCUCGAGUGUCCGGAGCCGAACUGCAGCAAGAAGUACAAACAUAUUAAUGGACUUAAGUAUCAUCAGAGUCAUGCGCAUGGGUCAGCGGAUGACGAUGACACCAAGGAAGCCAUUACUAGUAUGUCGGAGAACGAUGAGAGUAACAUCGAGGCUCCUAGUCCCGCGACACCUGUGAAGUCGCCUGCGGAUAAACCGGAAGGUACCCCUGUUAGGACAGGGAGUCCUCCGGCUAUACUUCCGCCGGAAACCCCACCACCACCGAGAGUUCCUUCGCCCAGCGUGGACCCACCCACGCCUGUACUCUCGGAUAAGAAUAUCGUAAAACCUGGAGUGUUGAGGUUUGGUCAGGAUGAUCUCCCGGCGCCGGUAACCGCAGCGCCACCACCUAGACCUGUACUGCCGACACAAGUGACAAAUCCUCCCCAGAGUCCCAGUCCUCAUCCGAGUCAAUCUCCGAGGCCUGUACCGUCCCCGCAUCCUGGUACGAGUAUUCCGCAACCCCUGAAUAUUCCCCAGCCGCCGCAGCCCAGUCAGGUACAGCAUCAGACGCAGAAUCCUCUGUUGCAAACGCAGCAGCCUCUGACUGUGCAGCCACAGAUACAACAACCCGGACAAGCCAUGUCCACGCCGCAGCAGCAGCAACAACAGCCCCAGUUGCAACCUGCACAUCAGAUACAGACUGUGCAGCAUCUGGGUCCGACGCAGCUGGGUCAGCCACCGCCGACUCAUCCAGUUCAACAGCAACCUGGUCUUCAGCAACCGCAACAGCAGCAGCCUGGCGUACAGCAACAGCCCACUGUACAGAAUAUGACAAGUCAGCAUCCUGGUUUGCAGGGUCUCACGAGUCAAGUGGCUACGCAACAGCCGGGUAGUGGUUUGCAGGGCGCGUCCCCGGGGCAUCCUGGCCAGGGCAUGCAACCGCAUCUGCAGCAAUAUCCGAAUGUCGGUUUGCAUGCAAAAAUGCCCCAGUUCAAGGUCAAACCUACGGCCGCUCUUAUGCCCGAGCAAGAUAAGAGCAAGGAUCCGAGGACUCCAAAGCCUCAAGGAUACAAGAAGAAGCCGCGCAAGUCCCCGGGUGGGAGUCCUCAUCCCUCGCCCUUGGAGGCGCCCAUCGUCGACUCCGUCAGGGAGGAUGUACAAAGUCCAGCGUAUUCCGAUAUAUCGGAUGACGCGGCACCGGUUCUCGAGGCCGAGUCGGCCGAUAAGGCCAAACAAGGUCAAGAGAAGGACGGGAAGCCUAGCACUCAGGGACACCUACCGGCUCAUGCAUUCAGCAUGUAUCCCUACUAUGGACAGCCGCCAUACUUGGUCUCGAGUGUGCAGGAUAAGUCUGGCGACCAGAAGCCGAGCGAUCUGACGCCCAAGCAGGAAGUGAAGCCUCUGAACAUACCGCAAAUGCCUUCGAUGACGAGUCUACAAAAUCCUGAGAAGGAAAAGAAAGAAUUGAACCCGCCGCCCCAGCAGCAGCAGCAGCACUAUUAUGGCUAUUCGGGAUACAUGCCUCCUGGUUAUCCGUACCAACCGCAGCCCGUUUCGCAGCAGCAAAACCAACCGCAGGAACAGGACGUGCACGAGCAGAAGGCCAAAAUAAAGCAGGAGCCGCAACCGCAGCAGCCGAGUCUCAAGGACAAGCAGCACGAGAACCAUCAAAUAUUGAAGGAGAGUAUAGAGAUGAAGAGUCAGAUGAGCCCCUAUCACGUCUAUCACAGCUCGCAGAGUCAACGAGGUCCACCCCCGGUGCCUGUUCAGGAUGACCGGAGGUACUAUCUCUAUCCUGGUGAACAAAGGCGGAAGGAGGAAAGUCCUAAGCAAGCUCAGCAAGCAAAACCACCACCUCCCAGUCCGAAGCAUCAGCCGAAACAGGAGAAACCUCAAGACCUUGGGAAAAGCGAGGAUAGCAAAAACAAGCAGGAGGGUGUAAAGCCGACGAUGGAGACGCAGGGUCCGCCGCCACCUCCUACAUCGCAGUACGCUUACAUUCAUCCUGGAUACAUGCAGCCGCAGCACUACGGCGGUCUACCCUUCGACCCCGCUCAUCCUGUCUACCGAGGUCUAAGUCCUAUGCUAGUACCCGGUCCAUACUCCGGCAACCCCUACCUGCAUCAGCUGCCCAGGUAUCACGCACCGGAAGACCUGAGCAGACCGCCAGGAGGUAAAGCCCUGGAUCUCCUCCAACAUCACGCGAAUCAAUACUAUUCUGCGCACAAGAUUCACGAGCUCCAAGAGCGAGCUUUGAAAUCACCCACGCCGAAGACGUCGGCGGCAUCCGCAAGUCCAUCCUCGGCCGGCCCUACUCCUGCAAGACCACCUAGUGGUCCCCCGACGUCGGCCGCAGGACCUGGACCACCACAGAAUCAGGGGCAACAGCAGCCGGGGAAGCAACAGAAUCAACCGGGUGGUCAGCAGCAGCAACAGACCGCAGCGGAUGCGUCGAGUGGGAACCUUGGGAAGGACACCAGGUCGCCGCCGCCCCAAAGACACGUCCAUACGCAUCAUCACACCCACGUUGGAUUAGGUUAUCCUCUAUUGACUGGACAGUAUCCCCCGUCGUACGGAGCGGCAGUGCUGGCGAGUCAGCAGGCUGCCGCCGUAGCUGCCUCGGUGAUCUCGCCCUAUCCGCCUAAGUGACCCGCGGCCCCCGUUUCCGUUCCCGGUGCCAGCAACUCCGCACAACCCCGUCACACGCACCCCGCAAGUGGCAACACGGGCCACUCGCAUGGGAACACCAGCAGGCAGUAGCAUGGACGUUCUCGUUAGGCUCAGGUACUCUCUGGGGCACUUGACGGAGACCGAUGGUUGAUGCGGCGUCGCGCUGUAGGCCGGUGGAUAGCGCCAUACGAGGUUAACCAGAUACAGGGGGAGUGAGUGAGAGAGAGAGAGAGAGAGCCGUGAAAUUGUUCAGGAGGGACGAUGACUCUUCAAGCUGAAGAACUCGCAAGGGAGAAAGGAGAGCAUAGAAGCAGUGCGAUAAAGAUAGCACGCUUGAGAAAUAAAUUUAUUUAUUGAUCAACCAAGAGCGAGAGAGAUAGAAAGAAAGAGAGUCGGAGCGAGUGAUGUAAUUGUCAAAAUUAUUUCGAACAAUUAAAAGCUCCACGCUACUGUCAGUGCCGUAACGAAGUUUCGCUUAAUUAAGAAAUUGACGUUAAAAAAAAAAAAAAAAAAUAC